CAGAUCUUUCCGAUAUAUACUGUAGGCCCAACAUCUGAGUGUUUGUAACGGGCUAAAAAUCAUAGUGCUCGCAGUAAAAGCUUUUCAAAUGAGGACACACGUCCCAAAAGGCCUUUGUAAUCCAAGCACAUCCGGCCAACAACCUACACGGGCAGAAUUACCCAGUUUCCUCCCCAAAAUCUCUCAGCAGUGCGUCAUUCUUUGGCCUGUACAGUCCUUAACUCAACAAAGGAUGUCAGAUGAGCAUGAGAUCAGGGCCCCUUCUCAACCUCUCUCCCCGAUCCUCAGUCCUCCAGCUCGACUGAGGAAGGAAGGGAGGAUAGAUAAAAAGACAAAUGAGAAGAGUCUCAGGUCAUGCGGAGCGGGGAUGAGGAAGAGGAGAUGAGUAAGAGAAGAUGAGGAAGAGGGAGGGGUGCAGAGGAGCGUUCUCCAAUCAGAGACUACAGGUGGCUGUACCCACAGUGUCCGGGGCCGGAGUGGAGUGCCAUGUGUCGCGGCUGCUGUGAGUACGAGCUGAUCCGCUGCAAGUGCCCCCUGCAGGGGACACCGGUGGGCUACGCCGUGCCCUGCUGCCGCAACGCCCUCAACCAGUGUGACCCCUGCAUUAUACACCCAGGCUGCAGCAUUUUCGAGAACUGUAAGAAGUGCCACAACGGAACGUGGGGACCCAGAGACGACUUCUUCAUCCGGGGGAAGUACUGUUCCGAGUGCCGGCCUGGGUGGUCGGGUGGAGACUGCCUGAAGUGCGGGGGUUUGCUGAAGAAGCGGCAAGGCCACAUCGUGCUGGAGGCCUACCCCAACAACGCCCGCUGCGAGUGGACUGUGCAGGUCGACCGGCCUUUCGCCAUCGAGUUCAGGUUCAUGAUGCUCAGUCUGGAGUUUGACCACAGCUGUCGCUAUGACUACGUGGAGGUGCGAGACGGGGACAGCAUUAACUCUCGUGUGAUUGGUCGAUUCUGUGGGAACGACAGGCCUCCUCCACUCCUGAGCUCCGGCAACACUCUACACAUCCUGUUUGUCUCCGACGGCUACAAGAACUUUGACGGCUUUUUCGCUACUUUCCAGGAGAGCUCAGCCUGCAGUUCUUCACCAUGUCUCCAUGACGGCACCUGUGUUCUGGACUCCUCCCUCUCCUACCACUGUGCCUGUUUGGCCGGCUACACUGGCAAGAGGUGUGAGCACGUGUUGAUGUGUGGGCGGCCCAUGAUGCCCGUGUACGGCGACGCCGUGAGCCUAGACGUGAGCGUCGGCGGGCACGUCAUCUACCGCUGCCAGCCCGGCUACAAGCUGCAGGGCCACCGCAUCGCCACCUGCAUGCUGGAGGGCACCUGGAGUGCGCCCGCGCCACAGUGUGUGCCUGUGCAGGAGAAGUCCUGUCCGCUCCCACCCAAGCCCGCGUAUGGGGACCACUUCCUGGUGUACGGCCCAGGAGACGUGCUCAUUGCCCUGCAGUACCUCUGCUACCGACCCUACAAGCUGAGCGGGAUGCAGCAGAGGACAUGCCUGGCCAAUGGCACCUGGAGUGGGACAGCGCCCUCCUGUGUUAAAGUGCUGAGUCCCGUGCCCCCGCCAGAUAAGGAAAAAGAAAAAGAGAGGGAUAAAGAGAAGGAGAGAGAGAAAGAGAUGGAGAGAGAGAAGGAGAGAGAGAAAGAGACGGGCCAAGACAAACAUCCCUUUGGAAAAGACACCAAAGAUACUGAUGACUCCACAAAUAUGGUCAAAGAAAAGGGGCCUGAAAAAGAGAAAGACAAGGAAGAAAAAGGACUGGACAUAGAUCAAGACAUCCAGAUAGUCGUUUUCAAUGAGCCUGGUCAAGAUGGAGACAAUGUGAGUGUGGACACAGGCAAAGAACCGGGCAAAGACCCAGGCAAAGACCAGGGCAAAGACGUUGACAAAGACCCGGGCAAAGACGUUGACAAAGACCCUGGCAAAGACUCGGGCAAAGACGUGGACAAAGACCCAAAUGUGGACACAGUAGGACCCAAGGAUCCCACCAUAAGUGUCCCUAAAAACACUAGCAAAGAAAGCACAGAGGACAUCAACACAGUCCAGGAGAAAGAUCCUGAGCUCAAGAAAGAUUCAGACAAAGGUCUGGACAAGGAUGUGCACACACAUGUGUAUGUGGAUAAAGGAUCGGAGAAUGUUCUUAUCAUAAAAGAUCUCCGUCCGAAAAACACAAGCAAAGUCAAGGAAGACAACGUCAACACAGUGGAGGAGAAGGCGUCUGAAGGAGACAAAGACCUAGGAAAGGGUCUCGAGAAGGACUUGCAUCCAGACAAAGGAGUUUCAGGCUCCCCUAAAGACCCGGUCGACGACCUGGGCAGAGAUAUUGAGAUAGUGCUUCUGUCGGAAAAGGGGAAAACCAGCGUGUCCAAAGAUGUUCUGAUACACACAGAGUACAACCUGGAGAAAGAGGAGACCGUCGGCAUAACGACAACACCACCCGUGACAGCAGCCCCAACGCCUCCCAAGACAAGCGACAACGACCUGGAUGCCAAACCGAGCACUAACGCUACCGAUGACAUCAGCUCCAACGACAUAGAGAACAUCGACAAAUCAGCUCCUCCUGAACUAGACAGAAAACAAUACCCAGUCGGAGGUAAUAUUACAGAGAUAUCCUCUCCGGGCGCGACGGAGCAGGGCGGGACAGGCUCCCACGGCAGGGGAACUGAGGACACGGAGAUGGGGCCAGACACAGGCUCAGACUCGGAGGAACACCCUGGAACAAAGCUAAGCGCUAACCCUACACGACUUCCCACCGUGACAGACGGGCUGGAGACGACGAAAGACAUCAAAGAGGAUUCGAAGAGCCGGCCCGGCACUGUGAUGGACAGGAAGAAGUGCCCUCCUCCCCCUCGUCUGUAUCAUGGCUACUGGGAGCUGGUCCCGGGUCUGUCUCCUGAGACGGUGGAGUACUCCUGCAAUCACUCCUACGCCCUGAGUGGCACUGCCCGCCGUUCGUGCCAACCAGAUGGCUCCUGGAACGGUACCCAGCCCAUCUGCAUGAGAGCCUGUAGAGAGCCAAAGGUGUCUAAUCUGGUGAGACAGACUGUCCUGCCCCCACAGGUCCUCUCCAGGAAAACCCCAGUGCACAAGCUGUACUCCUCAGCCAGUUUGGGCAAGCCUUUCGUCUCUGCUGCCCCCACCAGGAGCCCGGAGGUACUGCACCAGCUGCCCCCUGGCAUCCACCCCCUCUACACGCACAUCCAGUACGAGUGUCUCUCGCCCUACUACCAGCACUCGGGCAGCUCCCGCCGCACAUGCCUGAAGACGGGCAAGUGGAGCGGGCGCCAUGUCUCCUGCUCACCAGUGUGCGGAAAGAUCUCGACCUUUAACCCCCAGUCGCCAGGGGAGAUUCACUGGCCCUGGCUAGUGGCCAUCUACCGGCGCUCAGUUCCGGGCUCCGGAGCCGCCAAGAUGGGCGCGGCGGGCAAGGCUGGCAAAGGGCUGUCGGGGGGCAGCGUGGAGGACGUGUCUGGGUCUGAGGGCUGGCAGCUGGUGUGCAGCGGGGCACUGGUCAACCAGCGCAGCGUGGUGGCGGCUGCCCACUGCGUGACGGAGCUGGGGAAGCUCUACCCGCUGGACGCCGCCAAGGUCAAGGUGGUGCUGGGCAAGAAGUUCCGCAGCGAUCAGAGGCACACCAAAGGCCUGCAGCACCUCAGGGUGGCCUCCAUCGCCGUCCACCCCAGCUAUGACCCCCUGCUUCUGGACGCAGACAUAGCCGUGCUGAAGCUGCUGGACAAGGCUCGCAUCGGGGAACACGUGCUGCCCAUCUGCCUCCCCGAGGCCACGAGCCCCGUCAGAAAGGAGAAGGAGGAGGAGGAGGAGGAGGAGGAGGAGGAGGAAGAGGCGACGAGGGUGAAGCAGGCGGUGGUGACGGGCUGGUCUCUGCUGGCGGAGCCGCGGGCGGGCGAGGGGGUACACGGCGGGGGGCAGUCGGGGGCGGCAGCAGCAGCGACGGGGGCGGAAGACGAGCGGGCACGAUUCGGGCGCGUGCAGCUGGCGUCGGACGCCGUCCAGUGCGAACGGCAGUACGCCCGCAACGGCAUGCCCAUCAGCGUCACCGAGAACAUGUUCUGCGGCCGCCAGCAGGCCGACGCCAGCCCCUCGCGCAUCUGCCCCGCCGACACCGGGGGCAUCCUGCUCCUGCCCGCGCCCACCCCCGUGCCCUCCCCCGGCGGGGGCGACUCGUCCAUCCUGCUCCUGGAGGAGGAGGAGGAGCAGAACAGGAAGCUGCGCGUCUGGAGGCUCCUGGGACUGGUCAGCUUCGGCUACGACCACCCCGAGUGCAACCCGCAGCUCUACACCGUCUACACGCGCGUGGCCAACUUCAGAGACUUCAUCGAGAGCAACAUGAAAUAGAGAGAGUCUGCUCUGCCUCAGCCCCCCAAACUCAUUCAGUCACUCACUCGAUCUCACAUACACCUCACUUUAUUAGAUCAAGCGCUCAGGUGAGUUUUUCUCCAGUGUACCUCUCCAUCACUCUCAGUUAUAUCCAUUCGUACCGUAACAGAAGUGUUUUCUGACAGAAAAAGAUCAGAUAAUGCUUGAUUGUGCAAUAGCCUGAGAUCUUGGAGGGUGUCUAUUGGUUCAAACCUCAAACAACCAGUAGGUGGCAUUCUCUGAUUAUUUUCAGCAGAUGUUUGAGUUCGACCGGGAUCAUAGAUUUUGCAAUCCUCUGUGAUGCCUGUUAACUUUGAAAUGUACAUAUACUGUAUUUUAAUGUAUUAUUCAAAAUUGUAAACAUGAAAAAGGUGUAAAUAUUGUGUUAAAUGACAGAUAGGUCCUGAUGAUCUUUAAAUAAAAUGAUGAGUGUAUUAAAUAGGAGCAAGAGCCUGGGACUAAAUGUACUUCUGCUAUUCCACAUGGUCUCUCAGAUGGUCUUGUUACCUUAUUCUCAGUAAACUGCAGUAUUAGCAAAAGUCCACUAGAUGGAAGCAUUGUUCCUCAAACAACCCAAUCAAGGCCCUGCAUGAAGA